AAACAGAUGCAGCACUCCGGCAUCACCGCAAUCUCCAUUCCUCGCUUCUGGCAUGGACAGCGACCCGAAUCUCACCUCCCAUGGGUGUCGCCCCGCCCCACCCAAGAGCACAACCCAUGAAACUGUCAUGUGACCUGCACACGAUCCACUCUGGAGUUUUUAAGAAAGUGAGCGUAAUUCAUUACCCUAGUGAAGCAGCAGUUUGCGUUUUCCAUGUUUUAUGAGUUCCGUUCUGCGGCUGUAACGACGUUAAUAGUGUUAUUCUGAAGUUUAUAAGGACAGAGAAUACACAUUGCCACUAACAUUGGAGUACAGUAUAAACGCACAGCAACAUAGGUGAAGAUAUCGUUGGUAGAGAUAUCGGGCAGACGAAGGCCUACAGCAUGCUCUUCUCUCCUCUCCCUGGGAACGGUGACCAUUUCCACCAACUGCAGCCCGGCCCCGGCCCCGCCCCCGACUCCGCCCAGCUGGACCCCCUGGACCUGUCCGUCACCAAGCGAGGCUCGCCCCCUUACUCCUCCCACAGCCCCCGCCCGGGCUCGCCCUACGGCGCCCUCCACCGGCGGGACUCCAGGGCGCUCUGGCAGCACGGCGGUUCCCCCCACGGCCACGCCAACCCCGGCCUCGCCCUGCACUUCCUGGCGCCCCUCCUGCAGGGCUCCGCCCCCGGCAUGGUCCCCCUGCUCUCUGGCGUCAUGGUGCAGCCCCUGCCCUUCCUGAUGCCCCCGCACAUGCCCCUGCAGCCCGUCAUGCUCUCGCCUAUGUCCAGGGAUGACAUGCUGGACCCGCCUUCACACACGCAAGUGUCAGAGAUGAAGUCACCGGAGCUGUACGAGGCCUACGACAUGCAGACGCCCGUCAAGUCUGAGCCGUACUCCGAGCACGCCCAGGACCCCGGCUUCGACGAGGUCUCCUCCUCCGCCAUCGGCAGUCCCCUGCAGCCCUUCAUACGCAGCGAGAGCAGUAGCCCGUCUGUGAUCGUGACUCUCAGAAAGUCCUCGGUCAUCGUAGAGUCCGACCCGAAGAGGAAACGCAUACACCACUGCGACUUUGGUGGCUGCAACAAAGUGUACACCAAGAGCUCCCACCUCAAAGCCCACCGACGCACGCACACAGGCGAGAAGCCCUACCAGUGCACGUGGGAGGGCUGCACGUGGAAGUUCGCCCGCUCGGACGAACUGACCCGCCACUACCGCAAGCACACCGGAGUCAAGCCCUUCCAGUGCAGCGACUGCGACCGAAGCUUCUCCCGCUCCGACCACCUGGCCCUGCACAAGAAGCGCCACCUGCUGGUCUGAGUCGGAAACCGUGCGCCGCCCCCAGGAAAGACGGCGGGGUACGACAAUGACUAUCGAUGGCGGUAACGAGCUCGUCCGUCACCCCGAGAGCUCCCGUCUGACAUUCCCGGGUUCUUGUCAAGAAGCGCCCUGUACAGACAUCGAAUAUUGAUGAUCCUCUCCAGUCCUCUAUCUCUAACUCUCUUUUAAACCUUCCUGAAUCCCUACCUGCUCAGCUGGUCUGAGCCAAAUCACUCUCACCCGCUGUCCAAUAAGCAGUUUGUCCUCUGCUAUGUAUUUAUUUUUUUAAAGAAAAGAAGAAAAAAAAAAACUUGAGACUAAUUAAAUGUGAAUCUUUUUUUUUCUAAAAAGAAUUGCAUAUUGUUGAUACACACAUAAUCUGGCCGUUUUGUUAGCAGAAUACUGUAGGGUUGCUCUGUGCUGCUACAAUAUGCGUAUUGCUAUAUGUUGUUUAUAUCAUAUUUCUUUUCAUAUAUCCGUGCUCCGUAUUGAUGGGUUAUUGUUUCCACGCAUUUUAUAACUAACAGGAAAUGGAUAGCAACAGGGAUAGCGUCAGGGAACUCACAAAAUGCAGUCUUGCCGCAACGUGCUUAACUCUGCAGUUAUGCAUCUUAUGUCAUCAUUUACAAAUUUUCUAGGACUGUUGGAGAAGUGGGGCUUCGUGAAUCCAGAAACUGUGGUUAAAUUGAAGAGGCCAUAGCCUUCAGAAUUUUACAAACCAGAAGAAGACAAAGAUAAAGAGAGAGAAAGAGAGAUGAGAGUUUGAGCCAAGCUGCACGGUAGCACAAAUGACAUCCGUUCAACCAGUCCUGUCUUUUGUUAAAAAAAUAUUUUCUAGCAUAACCAUAGGUUUGUUCAUUAAAUGGGCCAAGUAAAUAUCACAACCCUAAGAAUUUUUUACAGGGCAGUGGGGAUUACUAGCAAUUACUGAAAUGGUGCAUGUGUCUGGGAAUGGUCCUUUUUGUCUUUAUACAGUACCUGUAGUUCAAUGAUUUGGGAAAUAAGGGCACUUCAAAGACUUGUCACUGUCACUUUCCCCACAGAGUGCACUUCCUGU